CCAAUGGGGAGCGGUGGUGAUUUGGCGCCUGGUUUGACGGGGGGCGACCCGCUCCGGCGCGUUCGCUGCCGGUCCCGCCGCCGCCAUGUUCCUCUCCGACUGCCGGCGGGAGUUUUACGAAGUGAUCGUCAGCCAGCGUGUUCUUCUUCUUGUUGCUUCAGAUGUUGAUGCGUUAUGUGCUUGUAAAAUACUCCAAGCUUUGUUUCAAUGUGAUCAUGUGCAAUAUACACUAGUCCCAGUAUCUGGAUGGCAAGAACUUGAAACUGCCUUUCUUGAGCAUAAAGAUCAGUUCAAAUAUUUUGUUCUUAUUAAUUGUGGUGCCAAUGUUGACCUGCUGGAGAUCUUGCAGCCUGAAGAAGACACAUUUUUUUUUGUAUGCGACAGCCACAGACCUAUCAAUGUAGUGAAUGUUUACAAUGAGACACAGAUUAAGCUAUUAGUUAAACAAGAUGAUGAUCUUGAUGUUCCUGCUUAUGAUGAUAUCUUCAGAGAUGAAGAGGAUGAAGAAGAGGACUCUGGAAAUGAAAGUGAUGGAUCAGAACCUUCAGAGAAGCGCAGACGAUUUGAGGAGGAUGUAAUAGAGAGAACAAUGAAAAGGCGACAAAAGCGAGAAUGGGAGGCACGCAGACGAGAAAUUCUUUUUGAUUAUGAGCAAUAUGAAUAUCAUGGAACCUCAUCUGCGAUGGUAAUGUUUGAUCUGGCAUGGAUAAUGUCUAAAGACUUGAAUGACAUGUUGUGGUGGGCUAUUGUUGGCUUAACAGACCAAUGGGUCCAGGAUAAAAUCACUCAGAUGAAGUAUGUGACCGAUAUUGGAACACUACAGCGUCACGUAUCUCGUCAUAACCACCGCAAUGAGGAUGAAGAAAAUUCUCUGUCAAUUGACUGCAUGCGAAUAGCAUUUGAGUACGAUCUGCGCCUGGCACUUUACCAGCACUGGUCUCUGUAUGAAAGUCUCUGUAAUACUUCUUAUACCUCCGCUAGCCUCAAACUUUGGUCUGUACAAGGGCAGAAGAGGCUCCAGGAGUUUUUGGCUGACAUGGGUUUGCCUUUGAAGCAGGUGAAACAGAAGUUUAAUUCCAUGGACAUUUCUUUAAAAGAAAAUCUUCGGGAAAUGAUUGAAGAAUCUGCAAACAAGUUUGGAAUGAAGGAUUUAAGAGUUCAGACCUUCAGCAUUCACUUCGGCUUUAAGAACAAGUUCUUAGCAAGUGAUAUAGUUUAUGCAACAGCUUCUCUCAUGGAGAAUAUAGAGAAAGAAGGGCCUGAAACAGAUAACUUUAUUAAAGCUUUGGACAGUCUCUCCAGGGGUAACCUGGACAAACUGCACCAAGGACUGGACCUGGCCAAAAAGCAGUUACGUGCCAUUCAGCAGACAGUAGCCAGCUGUAUUUGUACCAACCUUGUAAUUUCUCAAGGGCCUUUUCUCUAUUGCUCUCUCAUGGAGGGCACGCCUGAUGUGAAACUGUUUUCCAAACCAGUGUCUCUGUGCCUACUCAGUAAAUACUUACUCAAAUCCUUUGUUUGUUCUACAAAAAACAAGCGCUGUAAACUGCUGCCACUAGUAAUGGCUGCACCAAUGGAUGUUGAACAGGGAACUGUGAUCAUGGUGGGGAUUCCUCCGGAGACAGAAAGCUCUGACAAAAAGAACUUUUUUGGGAGAGCAUUUGAGAAAGCUGCAGAGAGUACCAAUUCCAGGACGUUACACAACCAUUUUGACAUGUCAAUAAUUGAGUUGAAAACAGAAGACCGGAGCAAAUUUCUGGAUGCACUCAUUUCUCUCCUGUCCUAAGGGUAAGACAAUUGAUGAGGGGGGAGAUAGCUUGAUUUCUCCCAGAAGAGAAGCCCGCAAAGCUGAACACUAAAUUGUUUUGUAAUGUCUUUCCAAACAACCUGUAAGACUGUUUGUCUGAAAGUAUACAAAGUACCUCACGAUUCUUUUGUGCUUAGACAGAGAUUUGAUUUUUCUUAUUCACCUGUGAAGUAAUCUCACAAUGUUAUCUUUAUAGCAUAGAUAAGAAAGCAAAGAAGUAAGGUGAAAGCUUUGACAGUCUAUGAGUGUAGAUAGUCCUAGCCAACUGACAAAAAUGACUUAUUUCAAUGAGUAUCAAAGCAACAAUUUCUUUCUUCUCCUUUGGCUCAAAAGUUUGGGACAGUGGGUCAAUAGCUGCAGUUGUUCCUUAGACCCUGUGUGGCUUCCAAGGUGUCUACAUCAGUUUCUUUCGCUCUUUACCCUCUUGAGUACUGAUUGUUUCAGUUUGUCUUCUGCCCUUGUUACACAGUGAUGCUUUUUGGCGCCUGUGCUGGAAGCUGAGGAUCAGAUACACUGAAAAUGUCCCGAAUAUUCCGAGGUUCUUGGUGCUGCAAUUGUGAUGGAACGUCUUGCUUUUUCUAGAUUACCACUACAGUCUUGGGCUGUUGUCUUUGUCUCUUGGAAAGGCAAAAGGAUUUUAACUUUAGCACACACGUAUUGAACACUGCUACUUUGUAAAGACCCCAUCCUCAUAACAGCAAAAUGUGUCAACUAGGAUUAUCUGCAAAUCAGAUUUCUGUUUGUCAAAUUUGUUUUUUUAGUAGACAUGCUUCUGUGAUGUCUAGAUAUUGGCUAAUAACAAAAAUGAGGUUUUGAAGAAGUCUCAUAUUUAGUAAUAUUACCAUUCAAAUGUUAUUUUAAAAAUUUUGUUGAAUGCUUUUUUUAUUCUUAAGACACUUUUAGAAAACUCCCUGUGAAUUUCUAGAGUGUUGAAAUUCUUUAAGUAUUACUAGGUUGAGGUUUUAUAGUUUAAUCAAAAUAAUUGUUUUAUGAGGCCAGUUUUAAGAUUUUAGGGCUUUUAAAAUGUGAGUACUGAGUAGCUGCCAGAUAUAGAAUGAAAAAAUCCUGUAAAUACUAUGAAAUAAUGAUGCUAUCUUAAUAAUAUCUUCCAGCAGAGAGUAUUCCAGUGUCAACAAAGCAUCCUUAGUCAUGCAUUGUGAUACUGUAUUGUCACUUGUAGCUUCACUGUGGGAAUAAUUUUCCUAGAAACAAUCUAAAAUACUGUGAUAAUUGCAUGUGGCCUAUAGUAUUAUAAAUAUUGACAAGCUGGAUCAAUUCUGUUCCCUAACAGAGAUUCAUUUCAUUUUGGUCAUAUGAAAUGGUAUUGCUUGUUAGACUUAUCCUGCUGUGCAUUGGGUGGGCAUGUAUAUGUGUAUAUUUGGAAUUCUUUUUCUUGUGGUGUUUGCUUGAAUUCUGUAUGACUUUAAUAUUUUCUGUAUCAUAAUGAAUAUGUAAAGGUUUUGUACUGUUGUUGCAUCAGACUCUGUACAGAUUUUUAAUACAGAUUAACUUAAUAUCAAUUCUGAUUUAGAUGUAGCCAACAGAAAACUAAUUAAACUAUAUAUUUUAAUUCAAACAAAAUUGCUUUUUUAAAAUGCUGUCAUCUUAUCUGAGAAAUGUAAUCCUGGUGCCAAACUGCAAUAGUCAAAAUGUGCUUCCUGGAAUAACACAAAAUGCCAUUUCUUUGUUUUGCAUGUUUACUGGUAACAUUGGCAAUAAAUAAUAUCCCCCUUUACCAAAGUA